UGAUUUCUUCAGAGGCUCUCUACAAAAAGCUGUGGAAACUGCUUGCCAUCUUGCUCAGUGAGGUGGUCAGGAGGGUAGUGGAUGAUGGGAGUUGGGGUUGUGUGCUAUGGUAGUGCGUGUUCAGGGAAUCCUUGGGUUGGGUUGCUGUGAGUUUUCCGGGCUGUAUGGCCAUGUUCCAGAAGCAUUCUCUCCUGACGUUUUGCCUGUAUCCUCAGAGGUUGUGAGGUCUGUUGGUAACUAGGCAAGUGGGGUUUAUAUAUAUGUGGAAUGAUGUUCAGGAUGGGAGAAAGAAGCCUUGUCUGUUGGAGGCAAGUGUGGAUGUUUCAGUUGGCCGCCUUGAUUAGUAUCGAAUGGCCUUGCAGCUUCAAAGCCUGGCUGUCUCCUGCUUGAGGGAAUCUUUUGUUAGGAGGUGUUAGCUGGCCCUAAUUGAUUCGUCUGGAAUUCCUCUGUUUUCUGAACGUUGCUCUUUAUUCACCGACCUGAUUUUAAAGUUUUUUUUUAAAUACUGGUAGCCAGAUUUUGUUCAUUUGCAUGGUUUCCUCCUUUCUUUUGAAAUUGUCCACAUACUUGUGGAUUUCAAUGGCUUCCCUGUGUAGUCUGACAUGGUGGUUGUCAGAGUGGUCCAACAUUUCUGUAUUCUCAAAUAAUAUGCUGUGUCCAGGUUGACUCCUGCAGAGGUGAGAGGAUCCCUCUUGUCCUUUGCUGAACAUAGCAUUUGUUGGAUUUUGUCCUUUGCUGAAUGUAGCAAAUGCUACUUUCAGCAAAGGACAAGCAGAAUCCCCUCACCUCUGCAGGAUCCACUGUAUACAAUGAAGCUGUGGACAAGUCUACAUAGGGACUUCCAAACGCAGCAUUGCCCAAACAGGAAUCAAGGAACAUGAAAGGCACUGCACACUAAUUCAACCAGAGAAGUCAGCCAUAACUGAGCACCUGAUGAACCAGUCUGCAACAUUCACACUUGCCUCAAACAGACAAGAGUUCUUUCUCCUAACCGGGACGUUCUACUUGCCUAGUUUCCAACAGACCUCACACCUCUGAGGAUGUCUGCCAUAGAUGUGGGUGAAAAAUUAGGAGAGAAUGCUUCUGGAACAUGGCCAUAUAGUCCAGAAAACUCACAGCAACCCAGUGAUUGCAAAAUGUCUUGUUUUGGCAGACUGUCAUCUGGUGUAGAUUCAGGGCCAUUCCAGGCAGGCCUUAUAUCCCAGGAUCUGAUCCCAGGUUUUCUGUUUAUCCCAGAUUAUCUGUCAGUGCGGACUCAUAUAAUCCAGGUUAAAGCAUAAAACCUGGGAUCAGAUCCUGUGAUAUAGGGCCUGUCUGGAAGGGCCCUUAAAGGUGUCCCAACACAUCUAGAAUCUAAGGUAAAUCAGCAAAUGUACCCUCUUUGCUUAAGGGGCAAAAUACUGGUAAAGUGAUUUCCCAAAAGUAUUUCUCCUUCAUAAGAAUAAUAAUAGCUAUAAAUUUAGUCACUAAUAAGUUGUUUCACUUUCAUGUAAGUGACUAACUCCAUGAGGUCAUCAACUCUGAUGAUAAAUGUAGGAAAUAAUUACCAUAAAAAGGUAAAGGUUUCCCCUGACAUUAAGUCGAGUCAUGUCUGAUUCUGGGCGUUGGUGCCCAUUUCCAUUUCUAAGCCGAAGAGACACCUCCAAGGUCAUGUGGCCGGUAUGACUGCAUGGAGCGCCAUUACCUUCCUGCCAGAGCAGUACCUAUUGAUCUACUCACGUUGACAUGUUUUGGAACUGCUAGGUUGGCAGAAGCUGGAGCUAACAGCGGGUGCUCACUCUGCUCCCGGGAUUUGAACUUGCGACCUUUCGGUCUGCAAGUUCAGUAGUUCAGUGCUUUAACACACUUCGCCACCAGGGCUCCAAUAAUUACUAUAUUAUGAUAUUAAACUCCAUGAGCACAACAGAUCAUCUUUGGAGCUUACUAGAGUCAUUUAAAAUUGUGGCUUAGGCACAUUUCAGCAAUUGUAUCUUAUUAACUGAAGUUUAUAGAUUGUAUGAGUGUGUGUAUAUGUGUGUGUGUGUGUAUAUAUAUAUGCAUGCCCGGUUUUUUAUCAUAUGAUACUUUGAAUCCUUCCCACAUUUUGGGUCCCAAAUACAGAAAUAAAAUAACAUUUUAAAACCAAGGAAUACUCAAGGGGUUCUGAAUUUUGUUGCUGUUGUGUGCCUUCAAGUAAUUCCCAAAUUAUGACAAAGUGAGCCUAUUACAGGAUUUCCUUGGCAAGAUUUGUUUGGAGGUGUUUUAUCAUUGCUUUCCUCAGGCGGAUAAAGUGUGGCUUGCUCAAGGUUGCUCAGUCGGUUUCCAUAGAAGUAUGUAGAUUCAAACCCUGGUCUCCCAGCGUCCUAGUCCAAUAUACCAACCACUAACCCACAUGGGCUCAGAGAUAGCAUAAGAAAAUUCUUGGAUUGCAUGUCCUACCUCUUCCAGGACCCACUACUACCUGAAACCAGUAAGAGUAGGUUCAUCUGGCUUCGGAAAAAUUUCUUUUCGGUAAAAAGUUCUCCAGAGGGAACAUCUACUGAGUAUCACAUAUUUUGGCAACUUAAGAUUCUGUAAAUUUCAAGAAUAGGCUAGAAAAAGAAAGCAAACAUGCCUUCAGAAACAGGAAAAACAGAUAUGGAGAGGAUUGGCCUCUUUAGUGAAAUGGAAUAUGUUACUAUUGGGGAUAAAUAUGUCUCACCAUAUAGCCGCCCUUUCAAUGAAGCUGCAAGCAAAAACAAGCAAAUGUUGCCAGGAGGCAGUAAAGAGAAGUCAGCCACCCAGGCUGGUUAUUUUGAUCCUGCAUAUGCAAGAAUCAUGGAAGGUGAAUGUUAUUUGAAUCCCGUUCAGCUAAGGAGACGAUAUCGAAUGGCAGAGGCAAAGAAAAACCUGGGAGACAAAGCCUUCCUCCCCAGUAAUGGUGAUAAAUAUCCUUGUGGUGUAGGAACUUACUAUGGAACAAUUGGAGGUUCAUAUCCUUAUUUUAACCCACAAACAAAAGACAAAGUUCCAUACGUUCAACCUGGCAAGAAUCUGUAUACCAAUCCAGGAAAGAAAGGAACCGGCUAUGGGUAUCCAAAUGUCACCAUUGGUAAACAAUAUUCACACUCGGCUGAAUUAUUUGAUACUGGCAGGAUAAACUUUAAGAAAAUAACAGAAGAACACCGUCGUCUAAUGAAAGGUGGACCUUUCAAGUUGAAUCUCUAUCCCCGAGAAUAUUUUGAUAUGAAUCCUUACCACGAUGACAAACCAUUGCCACCAGCGAAGAAACAACCUGCAGCAAUACCACCACUCCAACAACCUUUUAAGCCAAGUUCUCCUGGAAAGAAGCCUGGGGGAAUGAAAGCAGGCACAUUUGAUCCUUAUCCAUCCCAUUCUACAGACCCCUACAUCGCUAAGCUGCCUAAGCUUAUCACAACCAAUCAACAAGGACGCAUAUUUCAUCCAUCUCCUGGGGCUAAAAGCAGACCGAUAAGAAGUAUCAUGGCUGCAAAUGUUGAAAAGUCAUUAAAUGCAACGAACUACACAAAUCCACGUGUGAUGCCAUAUUAGCUGCCCAAAAGCAAGGUGAAUGAACUUUCUAAAAUUCUUGGCCCCUUAAUAAAAUUGUGUAGCCAAGGGAAAUGUGUUUUGUUUAACAAUCCCUGUGCUGCACGUGUUAUUGUGCUUCAUAGAAAAAGAAACAGAAGACUCUCUCUCUCUCUCUCUCUCUCUCUCUAUAUAUAUAUAUAUAUAUAUAAUUACUGAUAAUGAAAUAAAUCUUGCAUCAUAUCAAUGGAUGUCUGCUAGUACAAGAGUGGGGAAGGGGAAUUGCUCCCCAUCCAGUUCUGCCAACAAAAGCAGUGCUGUUAGUGGAUCUUGGCUGUUGUCUAUUCAGUAUAUUUUGCUAUAAAUUAUAUAUAGACUUGUAGAUAUUAUGUUUUCAAAAAAAUAAAUAUUUAUUUUUUUGCUUAAAA